AUGUCCCUUGAAAUUCAGCUGGCGGCCCCUGCUGACGCGCCCGCACUGACGCAAGUCUUUUAUGCCACAUUUGUGGGCGACUUCAACAGAACCAUGUUCCCGAUAACGCCCGACGUGACCGCAUGGUGGGAACGCAAAUUCAGCGAGGAAGCUAGAGCCACGCAGGCAGGCGAGGGGCGCGAGGUUCUCCUCAAAGUAACUGGGGAAGAUGGUGCAGUUGUCGCGUUCGCGAAUUGGAAGUGCCCCGCAUCCGCUGCCGAUCGCGACCUGCAGAAACACGAACCCGAGGACUGGGCACCCAGUUGCAAUAAGGAGCUCUGCGAGAAAUUUUUCUCAAGAAUGGACGCAGAGCAUAAGGAGCGGAUGGGGGAAAGGCCUCAUUAUUUAGCUUUGAGUAUGCUGGGAGUUCACCCUUCCUAUCAAGGCCGUGGGCUCGCAUCGAAGCUUCUAAAAUGGGGUCUUGACCGUGCCGAUGCGGAGGGCGUAGAGGCAUACCUGUCAUCAUCUCCAGAGGGAAAGCCCGUGUAUGAAAAGUAUGGGUUCAAAAGUGUUUACACGUUUUCACCGUUCCCCGGUUAUUUACAAGAAGUCAUGAUACGCCCGGUUACUAGCCAAUGA